GUCAGUGAGGAGUCCUUUAACGCCGCUUCCCUCUCGUCUCCUGCGCUCUCGGCUUCGCUGUUUAAACUUUCCUUAAAGGAGGCGGAUCGUUCAGCAUCUUACCAAAUAAACUAACCAGCUGUUUUUGUUUGUUUGGGGGGUUUUUCGGUCUGGAAGUUGGAGGAGGAUUCAUUGUUAUUCUUCUCUCCUGUGUUGUGUGCAGGACGCGUCUGGGUGCGCACCGGACCAAAAUGGACCGCAGAACGUGUCCGGUGCGUCCGCCUCGGUGCUCUGCCGCCGCGCCCGGGACGAACUGACAGAAAUCCCGCGACCCGGAGGCGGACUGAACCCCCCACACCUACAGCUGCUCCGGUGGCUCCCGCUCAGCAAGAAUAGAGAUUGAUUCCUCAGCGGGGAGAGAGAGGACAUGGACGUACUGUAGCCAGCGCUGAGAGGCGAGGACGAGGAUGGAGCUAUAACAAAGAGGGGACACCACAAACUGCAGGAGGGCGCAGGAGGAACCAUCGGAUGCCUUCACUGGCUAAAAAGCACAAGUCACACGUUGGACGCCUCCAGUCUGAAGAAAGUGUGUUCAAUAGACACAUGAACGCAACAAGAAACUAAAGCUGCUCGUCCCACGUGAAGAUCAAAUCAGUUUUUGGCGAGGGCAGAUGGAUGGUGCUGAUCCCUCUCUCCGGAGGUGUGGAGUGACAGAUGACAGAGGGAUUGAUACAGCGGGAGAGAGAGACAAGAAGAGCGGUAACGUCGGAAAGGGCCACUGCCGCCGGUAACGGAAAACAGAAGCAAAGGUCAGGCCCAUCGAUCGGGAGGCGAGGAGAAAAAAACCUGAAUCUCAACUCUGACCUGAAAGAAGAAAAGCCACUUGCAACACCUCGGAUACAACGAAGCACGCCACCGAAAUUUACAGCCGAAUUCAGAUAUUGAAACCAAAACUAUUUAGCGGAAGAUCUGGCAGAUGGGUGGAUACAGCGGGCACCAGCGAUGGAUAAGAACAAUUUAAGCUCUAAAAUAGAAACUCUUGGUUACGUUAUGAGGUGGAUGUAACUAAACAUCAGGAAGCAACACUGCAUGUUUUGGCUCAUCGUAUACCUAGAACUCAUCGCCAAUGAUUUAUUGGCAAGAAAUGGGAGAUUCAACCUGCAGAGAACAAUUUGAGGCUGUUUACAGCUAGCAAGACUUUACUAGAAAACAGUGUAAACUCCAGAAGACUUGUAGCUAGCUCUUCCCCAUCCCCUCUUCCCCAUCCCUGUCAGUCCUCACCCCCCAAGUUGUGCCCUCCCUCUUUUCCCUCCCCUGAUCCCCCAGUACUGUUGGUUAAGAAUCUAUUUUGGAGGACACACUUUAAAACCCUUCAAAUAAGUCUCUCUCAAUGAUCAGUGAAUCUCUCUCUUCAUCUUCUUCUGUCCUCUGCUGGUGAAGACGGUGAAUUAAAACCAGGGGAGUGUACCCUCUGUCAACCUUCAUUAGGGUAAGGAUCACUCUUUGGGAUGGGUGGCCCAGCGAGGGCUCUCCUCGGUGGGUUCAGCACCACCACCUCCUCUCUGGAGGUUGGAGGUCGGAUGUCUUGGCCAAGCAACAACCCCCUGGACCUCAACCAAACCCUGCCAUGGGGGAGUGUCGGAGGUGGAGGUGCUGCAGCCAUGAGUGCAGGUCUGGACAAUUUCACCCAAGAGUCUGUCACCAGGGCAGUGAUCAAAGAGAAAAACUGGCCGGCGCUGCUUAUACUCGUCAUCAUCGCGCUGACGAUUGGCGGCAACAUCCUGGUGAUCCUGGCGGUGUCGCUGGAGAAGAAGCUCCAAAACGCCACCAACUUCUUCCUGAGGUCGCUGGCUGUGGCGGAUAUGCUCGUAGGCAUCCUGGUCAUGCCAAUCUCCCUAAUCAACAUACUUUAUGACUACGCCUGGCCUCUGCCCAGCGCUCUGUGUCCAAUCUGGAUCUACCUGGACGUGCUGUUCUCCACCGCCUCCAUCAUGCACCUGUGCGCCAUCUCCCUGGAUCGAUACGUCGCCAUCCGCAACCCCAUCGAGCACAGCCGCUUCAACUCCAGAACCAAAGCCAUGAUGAAGAUCGCCGCCGUCUGGACCAUAUCUAUAGGCGUGUCGAUGCCUAUCCCAGUCAUCGGCCUCCACAACGAGGACAAGGUCUUCGUCAACGGCAGCUGCGUCCUCAACGAGGAGCGCUUCAUGCUGAUCGGCUCCUUCGUGGCCUUCUUCAUCCCACUGGUCAUAAUGGUGGUGACGUACUGCCUCACCAUACAGGUGCUCCAGAGGCAGGCCACUGUCUUCCUAUACGAGGCAAAGACUUCCUCCCAGCAGCCUUUGCACACACCAGCAAUGACAAACACAUUGCAGCCUCCACCCAGCACCUUCCACCUUCCUCAGAUCAACACACUUGCACCGCCAGACUCACAAGAGUUAAAGCCUCCGCCCCCCCAGAGCAGACGAAACACCCUCAGUUGUCUGAAAGGAGCGGAGCCCAGCAUACUGCUCAGCGCCUCCACGUCGGACAGCAUAAGCAUCAUCCCCAGCUCCGAGGUGGCGUCUCAGCUCAGCUCGCCGGCCGCGGGGCCCGGGCGGAGCGACACGUCGGGUUGCCACGGGCGACGGGGGAUGAUGCAGGCCAUAAAGAACGAGAGGCGUGCCUCCAAGGUCCUGGGAAUCGUCUUCUUCCUCUUCCUCAUCAUGUGGUGUCCCUUCUUCAUCACGAACGUCACCUUCGUCCUGUGCCGCGGCUCCUGCAACGAGUCUCUGCUCCACGACCUCCUCAAUGUCUUCGUCUGGGUGGGUUACAUCUCGUCCGGAGUCAACCCCCUGGUCUACACCCUCUUUAAUAAGACCUACAGGAGAGCGUUCUCAAGCUACAUCAGGUGCCAGUACAAAAUGGGGGCCAACGCCGCCGGACAGAGUAGCAAAACCCUCCUGGUCCCCCCGCCGUGCCCGUCGCACGCCGUGACCCCUCUCCUGAUGGGCAGUCACGGGAAAGCAGGCGUGGACCGCAACAGUAACUGUCGCAACGGCAGCAGGGGGGACAACGGGAGGCUGACGGUGGACCCGGAGGACACGACGGACGACGGGACGCAAAUCGGAAUAGCCUCGCAGAGCCUCUCCGAGUGCCACAACAUCGGCAUACUCUCGGAGACGGAGCCAGAAACGGAGCUGGAGCAGGAGCUGUCGCUCAUCAGCUACAGCCCCGCUUCCACAGAACACACAAGCAGCGUGUGACUGCGUGCUUCUUGUCGUUUCACGUCUUCUUUUUAAAGCCGCAGACGCUGAGCCGAGCAGCGUUUCAACGGGCUGGUGCUUGAAGCCUGCAGCCUUUUUCACUGGCUUCAACUCCUGCAGUGGGUACACUUAUUGUGGAAGGACUAGUCUCGGUUGAGGAGCCUUAUCCCCACACAGAAGUGCAGUACUUACAUCGGUGUGUAGAGAAAUCUGAAGAGUUUACCUCACGGGUGACAGAGUGGGAUUUUCCACUGCCGCUUUGGAAUGAAAACCAAUAUUUCAGCUGUGUUUGUUUUCUAUUUGUUUCCAAAAUGUUGGUCUUCAGGCCGUAAAUAGAGAACGAAGGCAGUUGUUACUUCCUGGGGAUGAAGGUGCCAGCUGAGAUCCAGACAGGGGCGAAGCAUCAGCGACAGAGCCGGUGAAUCUUUGUUCACCUGGUAUGAAGUCGAGCUGCCGUCCGUGGAGUCCCACUGAUGCAGGUUACAGAAUCAAGCACCAACCGCUGAGGUCAACGGGGGUCAAGCUGCGACUUUGAGCCUUCACAGAGUCAAAAUGCAGUCUGAGCUCUGGUUUGUUGUGGAUUCUCUCCACGCCAAGCGAACUAAACCAAAUCUAUUUUUGUGUGCCGGUCAAGCUUGACGCCGACGGUCAUAAAAUCUCUCUGAAUGAACCUUUUCCAGCAUGUAUAAUCUAACUAUUCAGCCAGACAGAAAUGGGAUUUUCUCUAAAGGAAACUUUUUUUCAAGGCUGCAGUCGAAGUUUGUGAGAUGAAGGAAUGUACAACGAUCACUGGGCUCUGGUGGACUCACAGUGCCAUCUGCUGGUCGCGUGACGCAGAGAGGUCGCUCCCCUUUGAACAGAACAAGACAGGACUAAAAGAGCUAAAAAAAAGAAGAAGAAGAAAAACAUGGCGCAGGCCUUUGGUCCAACACAGCUGUCAGGCUCCUGCUUCCCUUCACAAUAAAACCACGUUUCACAGAAUUAAAGUCCAAAGUUUAAACUAAAAGGAAGCAAUCUAAAAGUUAAAAAAAUAUUAAAAUAAGAGUGCACAAAUGUUCCUCUGAUGUCACCCUUAAAAGGAAAGCAACUUAUUGCCAUCGUUAUCACUGAGUCACCUUCAUAAAACAUUAGAAAACUCACUUUCCCAGCUGUGAUCAAAUCACACGAAGCUUUACUUCGUCUAAACGGUGUCAUUUUGUAGAUGAGAAAUCACAGGAAUUAGACAGCACAUUAACAGUUAACUGCUCAGCGAGUCAGACAGAGGAUUUUAGGGUUACUUGUUGUGAUACACGCCCUGUCAACAGUCAACAAACUACUUAACAUACAUAUUAACAGGUCACAUCAGAAUCUCAGAGCCGGCUGUUUGAGAUUCGAGGACGGUUUCUCGAACGAACAAAAAAGUUCUCCCUCGUUAGUUUUUUAAAAUAAAGGAUUUUUAUUCAAGGUCAGCCAGCAGAUCAAUCUUUUCUCUCCAGAAAUCCCUCAGCUGUGAGAGUUUUCUCUCGUGCAGCUCAGACAGCACAGUGAAAGCCAAGGAGGGAACAUUAAUGUUUUCGCAUAUUAAUCAAUGAGCUUCGGUUCUAAAUUAUCUCCAUCAGAGUAUCACUGUCACAUCUUUGCUUUUUUUUAAGAAUGAAAAGCUCAGAGAAAUAACAUUUUUCACCCUGAACCCUCUAAAUCAGACUCUUCACUGAUUCUGUUCAGCCUGAGUCACCGUGACGCCGAGUGCGACUCAAAGACCAAACACCUUUAGAUUUUUCAUCUGUUGCAUAAGACGGACAGAAAGUCAAUACGCUAAGAGACGGUCCCCUGACUCCACCAGCCCUCACAGCUCGGUCACACUGACUUUCUUGCCGUCCUUCCUCUCACAUUGCGUCUCUGUCAGCUGAGAUAUCUGCAGUAUAACACCUCACACAAGGUUUAAAUAUGAUGUGGAUUUCACAGUGUAAAGCUUUUUUCAGAUUUAUUAGCAACAAACUCACCUCUGCAGAGAUGAUAUGCUCGAUAUAACUGAAAUAAAUAAAUAAAAAGUAAUCAGGUGGAUUCAGUUCAAAACAAUUGGAGGUUAACUAACUAACUAAUAAUAUAAUAAACAAUAAUAAUUAUAUUAAAACCCUGAUCUGGGCUUGAAACUAUUUUUUUACAAACUGGAGGUGUGGGCAUUUAAAUAAACUAUUGAGAUGCAUUAUGGGAAAUGUAGUGUUUUUGGAGCUUGACACGUACUAGAGUCUAAAAGUCUAAAUAUAAUCAAUUUUGGACAUUUUUUUUAAACCUUUAAAUAGCUGGAUGUUCAGUAUAAAUUGCUGGAAUACCAAAGCAGGUAUUACUCCCCCACUGUAACAGUAUUUAAUUUAGAUAAGAAUCACUUCAACAGCUGAAUGUACAGUGUUUUGACUCGUGAUCCCUCCCCCAUCAAGGUCAAAGAGCAGAGGUCAAAGCCGGCAGUGGACCAAUCAAACCCGGAGCCUGAGGUCUGCAGCCACCUCUGCAUACAGUUAGAAUGAAACACAAGAACUGGGAGUCGCCUCAUUCUAAUUCUAUGCUUCUCUGUAUAAUUUAUCCACUAUCUGUAUGCUACAGACUUACUCAGUGGUCAUCUGCACCACGUUUCUCUCCACAGGGAGAGGUCUACAUGAGCUAAUGUCGGCGAGCCCGUACCAAGGUUUCGCCCACAAAUAAUCGUGCAUGUUUGAAGUGUUGUUCAAAAGGUCCUCUCUGCCUCACUCAGUUUUUAUUUUUCCUCUCUUUAAUACACAGAAGGAGUGAAACAGUCCAGAAAGGAAAGAAAGAACGAACAAAGAGCAAUCAACAAUGUGCACAUUGCAGACGGCAUGCAGUUCAUGCAGGCAUUUCAUCUUUAUCAAAAUGCAAAAUACAAACAAUAACGACACAAACAGGAGGAAAAAUGAAGAGAGGACUCUCUGAACUUUAGUCGAAUGGGUCACAGUUGAUCCAUCCAGGUGUAAGCAAGCAAAGAGCUACAGCCAGGCCAGCCAACUCAGUAUGUCGCAAUGUAAUAACUAUAUGUUUCCCGUGUACCUGUGUGUGUACCAGGCCUGGCUCAAAUUGCUACCUGAGAUUGAUUCAGUAAUUUCUCGGAGUCUUUAUCGAUUGUGUCUGGCACAGUGGAUUGAAUCGGGGGUCGUCCCUGCAGAUGCCAAUCCAGUCCGGCUCUCAGUCCAGACAGAUGAAAGCAAUCACUCUGCGAAAGCAUCUGAAAAGAUUUCAACUAAUAAUUCGAUCCAGGUCUGGUGUGUAUAGACAUAGCAGGAGCCGUUUAUUGACAAAGUUUCAUUUUAAUACAUUUGAGGAGGGAUGAUUUUUGGGCUUCUCUCCUCCUCCAGGGACUAUUUUUUGUUGCCAGGCAACAAUGCAUUGUGCAGGAAGUGUUUCAGAAAAUUAUGUAGUGUGUUUGAAAAUGGUCAAACUCUAUGAGUGAGACGUUUUGAUGCUCAAACAAUCGGAGCAUUCAGAAUGUGCAAGCCUAAAGGAGAAAUCCACCCUGAAGUGCUGAGGAUACCGGUGAUGUGUUUAUGAGGUUGUUCAAUUUAUAUUUUAAAGCUGCGUGCUUUAAAACUGAUGUAACACUGAAAUAUUCCACUGAAGCUCCAUUACAGGUUGAACAUUUUUAGAUGCAGGGAUAUUGGUAACAGGAGGAGCAGUAAAUUACAUCACUUCACCACAAAAUAACUCAUUUAUCGCGCAGGAAAAAGAAAAAAAGGUGACACGGUGUAACAGAAUCCAAGGGUGGAUUUUUUCCUUUAGAGAACUAGUUUGACUUUUUGGGAAUUAUUCUGAUACCAGUCUCGUGGCUGUAUGGUAAAUAUAAAGUCAUGGCCAGUAGCUAGUUAAUUUAGCUUAGCAUGAAGACUGGAAAAAGUUGUGGUUUUACUGUGACUUGAUCUCACAUGCUAAGCUAACUAGCUGCUAAUAUUUAACACACAGACAUGAGAGUUAUAUCCAUGAAAGAUUUCCCAAAACGUCGACCUGUUGCAUUCAGUUUUAUGAGAUCCAGCAGGGAGGCCUGGUGCGACACUUCCUCUCUUUUAAAAACAGUUUAUUAGCACUAAGUUUAAAAUGACAACCUACCUAAAGAAUUCACAGGAUCUCACAGUUUUCGGAUCUAAAUGUAUAAAUACCUCAACAUGCUAACUUUUUCAGGUAUGACAAACUAACUUUUUCAUACACAGAAACCCAAAAGCACUACGGUCCAAACUUGUGUUUUUUGCUAAUAUAUCAUCUCUUAGCCUCACUGCUGUCUCGCCCACCUCCCCCGACGUGUAACUCUGUCAGUAAAUGGCUCUGAGAGUAGCCAGAGCUGCAGGUUGUUCAAGAGUUUGGCAAACCCAACUUCUCCGGCGCACCUUACCCGCAUUAAACGCUGACUCUUGAAGCACUCUUUGACGCUCGUUUGCUUCGACACAGAUCAGUUGCCUGGUUUGUCUCGCUCUUGUAUGAUCCGGCGCUCGUGGGUUAGCAAUCUUUUUAUGUGUUGAACCUUCUUCUGUUUAUGCAGUGGCUGUUUUUUAUACCAUUUUAAUUGUGAAUGUUUGUCUACAACACAUCUUCUUGAGUUUAUACAAUGAUACGCCAUCACCCACACAAUGUAUAUUUUCUUUUUUUCUGUGUGAUGCUGCUAUUUAUUUAUUAAAAUAUUAUUCUAAUGUG